GCCACAGGGAGGCGGGACCCCGUGACGGGCCGCUCAGCCGCCGACAGCGGCCUGUGCUCGCGGGGCGGGCCGGAAGGAGCCCGAUCCCCCGCCAUGCAGCACAGCGCGGCGCCCGCGGUGCUGGUCACCACCAGACAAAUCCAGAAUACACACACUGGGUUGGAUCUGUCAGUACCAGAAUACCAGGAGGUCCGUGGGAAGAUGAUGUCUGGCCACGUGGAGUACCACAUAGUCGUCGUUACCCGACUGGCUGCCUUCAAGUCAGCAAAGCACAAACCUGAGGAUGUUGUUCAGUUUAUGGUGUCCAAGAAGUACAGCGAGAUAGAGGAGCUCUACCACAGACUGUCAGCACGGUAUCCACAUGUUCCUCUUCCACUCUUGCCUAGAAAAGUUCUGUUUGUGGGAGAAUCUGACAUCUAUGAACGAAGAUCAACGUUCAAUGAUAUCAUGAAAUUCAUCUCAAAAGAUGAGGAUCUAGCAACGAGUCCUGAGUUACUGGAAUUUUUAGGAACAAAAUCCACUGGUGUCACUGACUUCAAGGGUAGAAACGUUCCUGAUGACAAAGAGAAAGAAGAUGAAGAAAAUGAUGCACUGGAUUUCUUCAAAGAGGAGAAGACACCAGACUUGAUUUCAAAGCUUGCAACACUGGAGAAUGCUGAGAAAAAUGAGAAAAAAGAAGAGGAAGAGGAGGAAGAAGAUUUAGACCCUCUUGGUAUAAUCAGAACUAAAAAAACAAAGAAGGCAUCUGCUCCUCCAGCAAAGGAACAGAAGCACAAAUUAAUCAUUUUUGAAGAGGAAGUAGACCCAGAUGAGGGACUGUUUGGCCCGGAGAAAGAUUUCUCAUCACUUGGUUCCAGGAAGAAGAUGAAAGAGGAUGUGAAAUUAUUUGAAGAUCCAGACCUUGGAGGAAUGGUGAAAUUGGGUGACUCAUUGCUGUUGCCAGCUGCCUGUGAGAAAAGGGAGCACAUUCUGAACACAGCUCCUGAGGAGGACACCGAGGAGCUCCUAAGCAGUGACUUGAAACCUGAGGAAGCAACUGUUAGAGAGACAAAUGAGCCUGCAAAAUGUGUGUGGGCUCUGCAUGUCACAACAUAAGGAAGAAGAGAAUAUGAUAAAUGCUCUCAUUGCAGAUGGAAGACUGUGCUCUCUGUGGAUGCCUGCUCAAAUAAAAGAAUUACUAUUUUAAGUAGAAUUAUGCACAUUAAGGAGUGUUGAAGCUUGAGAAAGACCAAAUGCUUUGCAAGUGCAAUGAAAGAGUUGUGGUUGUUUGAUGUUUUUUUUAUGGCAAAACACUGACAUCCUUUCAAACAAAUAUCUUCCCUCUUCCUGUCCACUGACCAAAACCUACUGGUUUCUGAUUUCUCUACCUACCAACAAACAUCAUGUGAUGGUGAUGGAGAAACAAGGUGAGCUACCACACUCAUCAUAGAGGAGGACACUCUUUCCUACCCUUAGGUCUGCCAUAAUACUUCAAUGAGGUACUUGUACUUACACAUCUCUCCAGAACUUGUGGAAAAGAGAUAGAUUGCUAUGGUCGGAAACAGCAAAGUCAAAUACCAAUACUGCCUUCACAGAAGAAAAGCACAUCCUUCACAGGAUACACUUUACAAGAGUGAGUAAUAGGCAUCCAAAUCUGAUCUCUUCUCCACAGGAAUAGAGAGGAACCCAAACACAUCCAGCAAGUCCAGGGUUCCAUUGCUUUCAACUCAUCCAAGGUACAGAGUGGUCUACUGCAGGAAGCUGAAAGGGUAACUGACCAACCCUUUCUCAGGUGUUAGAAUAACUUCCAUUGGAAAGGGAUUUAUGGUUAUGCUUCUCCUCUCACUUCCUGGGUUGCAUCACACCAUACAAUGAUUCCUUCUGGAUGCAUUCAGCCUUUUACCACCAUUCUGAAAGUUUCUCCUCAAGUACGACUUCUAUUUAAGGUAGUGAUUGAUAGAAGUCAACUGCUACAGAAACCAGUAUCCUGCAAACUCUUACAUCGUGGUUCUAGACCAAACCAGUUCUAGACCUGACUGUCUGAGUGUUGCAGAAGCUCUGUGGCCCACAGAAUUACAUAAAUUACCACACAUCUUAACCUGAAAUAAUUAUCAGAGUUGUCUGAGCAGCCCUUUAGGAGAGAUUCAGUUUGCUUCACCUUUGAUAAUGAAUAGGGAGUCGAGAUGGAAGAAGGCAGCUGUCAGCAUAUAGUGUCAUCUAGGGACCAUCCAGUCAUAGCCAGAGACACAGGCUAUAUAGCCAACUAUACCAUAAGCUGGUGACAAGGGAACUUUCUAGAGAAGCAAGAGAAAAAAAAGUUUGAACUUCUUCAGGACAGGGGAAAAUUGAACCAGGUUCUCUGGGUCAGAUUGUAAAAACAGCUGUCUCCUUUCUUGGAUGAGUGACCUAACAGCUCAACAGUGCAGACUCUCAUGUUCCAGAUAUAUCUCCUAGCACUGUUUGAAGUACCAGUAUGAACUUACCUGGAAUGGACUGUAGGGGAAAGCAGGAGCAGGUGGACAAUACCCCCUACACAGCCCCCUGUGCUGUCCCCUUCUGUUAUUAACUCCAACCUGUGUGCUUUCCACAGGCCAUACUGUCUCUAUUGCCCAUUCUAGAUGUAAAGGCCAACAGAUAUUUCAAAGCCUUUUUUCUAUCAAAUAUGUGAUAUUACAUCUCUCCCCCAACACUUCAGUAAAGCAUAUGUUGUGCACAGAAUUAACACCAGACAAAAUAAUGGUAGUAAGAUACAGAAAGAUAAAAAGCAAGAGCUGUUGUGAGUUGCAUAACGCAGCUUCAAGUCUGAUCCUUCUGGAUACUUUAGCAAAUUAUGGCAGCCUUUGUCUCUUGCAUUCAUUACUAAUUCUUCUUAUUAGAGCAUUCCUGGCAGGCUGAGGAGGUCACUGCUCUCAUCACACUAGAUGCUGCGCGCAGACAUUGUUGUUUUCAUCCCAGAAGUUUUGUCCAGACAGAAUGGAAGUCAAGAAAAGUGACAUCUAAUAUGCUGAUAUUCUGAUGGCAGCUAUAUUUUUGUCUGCAGCUCAGACGUCUUUCAGUCCCUUUUAGUCCACAUGCUAGCAAUUAUUAUACCGUAGGGCUUUGUGACGGUCUUCCUUUAAUAGGGGUUUUGAUUGCUUUCUGUCCAGAAACAAUGAGAUUUUCCACCAAAGAAAGUCUGUGAAUCAGUACAUCAAUAUGGCAGGAAUUUUAAACAAUGUGGUGCUGCUUUUCCAUUGGAAAAAAAUAAACGAGAUAGAGACUAAUUAGAGAAUGAUUAAUUACAUGGAUUCUGUACCUGAUUGUCUGUAACAAAAUGGGGGAUGGAAGCAGGAAGGUUCUUCCUUUAAUCUGCUUGUUAUUUCAGAAUAUUAUUUGCUUGACUUUUUUCUUCUACCUCCUCCUCGCCUGGAGUUAAAUAUGGUGGUAGUUAUGCACUGUAACAAUUCAUCUGCUUCUCAAGAAAUAGGAGUCCUUGUUUCUAUCUCUGCCUGAGGCAUUUUGCAUUUUACCUCUUUAGUUUUCCGAAGGCAAUUGUGUCUCACAUGAUCAAACAGCAGUGGAUGAAACAGUUUGCCUAAUGCUGCAGCAUGAAAAGCAGGUUUUGAAACAAAGAUCACAUUAUCUGCUGUGUCCUCUGUAGAAGAUUUUUCUCUCUUACAGAGCUCUUUCAUAA